CAACGAACUACCAAUGUCAACAACGAUGGCUGCGAAAAGAUGUGCGAAUUUUCUGGGUCCGAUUUUCGCUAAUUAUUAAGACAGAGUGCGAUGGCGAACGCAAUGACUCCUGAGGAGGAAGACUUCCCAGGUCGACUUCUCCACCAGGCCGCGUUGUGGGACAACGCUGAGCUUCUGGAGGAUUUGCUGCACGGCGAGCAAAAGGCACACAUUGACAGUCGAGAUUCCUGGGGCCGGACUCCUCUGCACGCCGCCGCGCUGACCGAAAACUCACGCUGUCUGAAAGUCCUUCUCGCAGCCGGAGCCAAUCCAAAUAUUUCUUGCGGACCCAGGGGAGAAUAUAAGACUCCCCUUCAUGUGAGCAGUGAGCACGGCUGCGCCACAAAUGUGCAGGCUUUGCUUGAGCACGGGUCGAACCUGACGGCCCAGGACGUUAACGGACUGACAGCCCUCGAUUUGGCCGAGGCUGGUGACCAUUCUGACACCCUGAAGCAACUCAAGGAGGCUGCUGAUGAAAAGGAGCAGCGACGCCACGAGCAACACAGCUCCCUUCGGGAAGCCUGCAGCCGUGGAGACACGGAGGCCGUUCGGAAAAUCGUUGAGAACCUCGCUGAAGAGGCAGAACUUGUGAUAAACAUGGCACCUAGUGGCAGCAACACUCUGCUAUUCACAGCAUGUGAAGUCGGACAAAAAGAAAUAGUCAAAAUAUUACUCGAGAAUGAGGCAGAUGGGCGAAUCCACCCUGUAACCAAAUACUCACCCCUUUACAUCGCGUGCUAUUACGGCCGGAAGGAUAUCGUGGAGCUUCUUUUAAAGAAAUUUCCUGAGUUGGUCCAACAGCAGACGGUGGAGAAGUGGCUGCCAGUGCACGCAUGUUGCAUAAACGGUCAUGUGGCAGUGCUGGAGUUGCUCUUAAAAUUCAGCUACCCUUCAAAGGUGAUGUGCACCCUGCGCGACAAGUCGGCCGAGUGGGAGUACGAGAUGCCCUUUGACCUGAACGCGCGAGACGUGACCGGACAGAGCGUUUUGUACCUGGCCUGCUAUGUCGGCAACCAGAAGCUCGUCGACUGCCUGCUCAAGUUCAGGGUCAAAGCGAACAGAAUCAAUGCUUUGAGGAUGAAAAAAGAGGAAGAAGAGCAGAAGGUGAACGACCUGCUAAGUCCGACUCGGCGCCGAAUUUCAAACGGAAUUCAGUCGAUAAUGUCUAAACUGAAUCUGAGCAGACAGGAGGUCACUUCCAGCAAUGAGAGUGAACUUAGUCCCCUUUUGAUGGACCUUUACUGCAACAACAACACGGAAACGGCGCUGCAUGUGGCGGUCAAGUGCAAGCACCACAACAUAAUUUCAGCCCUUCUUGCUGCUGGCGCCAAUCCAAACCUCCCAAUUUUGGCCAACGAGGAAGAAUUGAGCAGGGAUGAAGGUCUGGUGGCCUGCAAUGGCUCGAGUGCCCUUUUGGAGGCCUGUCGGAACCGCGACCUUACGGCCCUGGAUUUGCUGCUCAAGUUUGGAGCGCGAGAUGAUGAGUGUCGAGCCCUCGAAGUAGCCCACAAGGAUGAAAUCAUGAGUGCCAAGCUCCUUGCCACCAAGGCCCACCCUGACCCAGAGUACAAGAUUAACAAAAAGGCAAUGGCCGAGGUCAGUCCGUCGCAGUUUGCCUCGGCUUCCAGUCUGGGCAGCCUCACCUACGGCUCUCUUUUCCCGAACACGGCAGUCAUGAUAAACUGGCAUGGCCAGCAAUGCUUGAGCCACGUCAAACCUCAAUGGUUAGUGGACGCCGCCCUCACUGUCAACCCGAGGCUCAAACUCAACCCUAAGCACCAAGACGUUGUUCUCUACUCCAUCACUAGACUGGACAUUUCAAGGAAUUCUUUGACUUCGGUGCCAAUCGCCGUCUUCCAACUCCAGAGUUUGCGGUACCUCAACUUGUCGCAAAACAAGUUGGAGCGGUUGCCUUCCAAUGAGGAGAGGUCUUUGGUGCCUGUGGGAAGGGGCAAGACUAAAGGUGAGGCCGUUGGCUACUUGGCGCCGGUGCUUGAAGAGGUCCACCUGCAGUACAACCGCCUUGAGCAGAUUCCUGAGGAGAUUUUCAAACUGCCUUCUCUCGUCUCCCUUGACGUCUCCAACAAUAAGUUGCAGUCGCUGCCCUACCUCAUGUGGAAGUCUGCUAAGCUCAAGGAGCUCAAUGCGUCGUUUAACCUCUUAAGAGAGCUGCCCACCCACCAACAGGGUAUUACUUUGGGCAUUGACGCCACCAGCCUUAGUAGCGAGCAGAUCAUGGUAAGAUCUGACAGCUUUUCCAGCCAGAGCUCUCUUGGGAAAGCCCAUGAUGACAAAAAUUCCUCCUGCAAUGACGUUUCGGACCUCACGGACGAUUCCCUUCAGGAUGCCCAGACAUACAACUCGAGCACCUUCAAGGGCAAAUGUGUCCAGCACCUUGACCUCAAGCACCUGAACGUGUGGAGCAAAAACGUGGAGGUGAAUGACCAGAUCCUGCAUGCUGAUGAGGAGAGCUUAGAAAAUUGCUCACAGUUGUCUGCUCUCAACCUCGCCCACAACGCCUUUUCCUGCAUUCCAGCGGCGCUGCCUUGUCUGGCUGUGAACCUGACUAGACUGAAUCUCAGCUACAACAAUUUGAGGAGUAUGGGCCAUGUGACCAGUUACCCUAGCACGAUGAAACAGCUGGACCUGUCCCACAAUCAGAUCUGCUGCUGGCCAAGCUUGCCCCAAAUUGAAUCUAUUGAGUGUGUGGAUAUGUCCCACCUGACUUGCUACUGUCCCUCGGAGAGUACCAAGCCCAAGAAAAUGCCCAUUCUCUCUGGUCGUCUUUCAAGUAGCAAAUCGUUGAGGAGCAUUAUUUUGAACUCCGUUUGCUCUCACAGAAGGCAUUUGAAGUUGGACGCCAUGCGUACAUUAAUUUUGGCUGACAACUCUCUGGAAAGAAUCCAGCUGUCCACAGAUGACGAUGGAGGCUCAAUCGCCGAGGAGGAUGAAACAGAAGAUCUGGACCCUACAAGUCCCAUUGUGAGUGGAAAAUCCAAACUGAUGUUCCCGAAUCUGAGCAUGCUGGACAUCAGCAACAACAAUCUGCAUGAAAUUCCUAGAAACAUAAAUGAUCUCAGCAAUCUUUCUGUUCUCAACAUCAGUGGAAAUCCUGAUAUUAACGAGCUGCCGCCUCAAAUGGGUCUGCUAUCUCGUCUAUGGAACUUGAACACAAAUGGCUGCAGUCUGCAAGAGCCGCUCAAGUCAAUGAUCGAGUCAAAAAAAUACAAGACCAUGGAUGUGAUUGGCUACUUGAAGUCUGUCCUGGAGGAUGCCAAACCUUAUGCCAGAAUCAAAUUGAUGAUUGUUGGUGUUCAGGGUAUCGGAAAAACAUCCCUUCUUGAGCAAUUGCGCAUGGAGGGCUCGGGCUCGUACAAGAAAAAGCCGGUCGAGCACUGGGCUAAGCGAAUGGGAAAUAAGAACAUCAACGUCAAGACCUCUCGGGGGACAAACAUGUCAACUGUCGGCGUUGAUAUCGGAGAUUGGUGCUAUGAAAAGAGAGGCAGGUCAUCUAACUCCUUUGGUCCUGUGGUCUUCAGGACGUGGGACUUUGGAGGUCAAAAGGAGUACUACGCCACACACCAGUACUUCUUAUCCAAACGAAGUCUUUACUUGGUUGUCUGGCGCAUUCCCGAUGGACCCCGCGGUAUUGCUGAAAUCUUGCAGUGGUUGGUCAACAUUCAGGCCCGAGCUCCUAACUCGCCUGUGCUGAUUGUAGGGACUCAUUAUGAUAUGGCCAAAGACUUGCCCUGCACUGAAGAUCUCCAGCAACUAAUUAGAGAAAAGUUCAUCAACAUUGUUGAUGCCGAAAAGUGUGGUUUGCCCCGUGUCUUGGACACAAUUGAGAUUAGCUGCAAGACUCGCCACAAUGUGAAACACCUUUGCAACCUGAUCUACGACACAGUGUACAGUCUGCGUCCCCCUGGCAGCAAAGAGUUGCUCCUAGAGCAAAGAGUCCCUGCCAGCUACCUGGCUCUCGAGGACGUCAUCAGUGCAAUUGUAGCUGAGCGACGGGCCUUGGGUGCAGACCCAGUAAUGUUGGCUGAUGAGUACCGCGCAAAAGUAGCACAUGAACUGCAGACUCGCUACCACAGGAGCUUCAGAGAUGUUGCCGAACUCAACCAGGCCACCGCUUUCCUUCAUGAAAAUGGGGUUCUUUUGCAUUACGAUGAUGCAACCCUGAAAGACCUGUACUUCCUGGACCCCCAAUGGCUCUGUGAUAUGCUGGCACAUGUGGUGACCAUAAGAGAAAUCAAUCCAUUCGCAAGAACUGGUGUGAUGAAACUGGAUGAUCUCAAGCACGUUUUCAAAUCUUCUUCGAUCGGUCCCGUCGACAAAAGGGGCUACAUCGUCAAUCUGUUGAAUAAGUUCGAGGUUGCUCUAACUUGGGACAGCAGGACGCUGCUCAUUCCUUCUCUCUUGCUCUCCGAAGAGCAGAUGCGAGGUCCCCAUCCUCCAGAAGUCAGAGUCAAGAUUCCUGUGAGGUCAAGAGGGUGGGCUGUCAGGACAAAGAAAGCGCCAAUUUCACAUGCAACUACCCUUGUAGGCAACUCUUCCUUUUACACUCCAUUAACCGAAGGCUUCAAGCUUCAGAAACCAAAUACAAGUCAAAUUAGUGGCCCCAAAAGGGGAGAGGACUUGCUGAGUCCUGAGCAGCCGGCGGGAACUUUGAGGUGUGAGGUGACGACCAAGUCGGACCCUGAAGCCUCCAUUCGAAGGCUGUUGCUAAUGAGUUACUUCCCGAGUGGAUUCUGGUCCAGACUGAUGACCAGAAUCCUUGCUGAUGACGCCAUUGUGGAUAUUGUUCGUUCCUACUUUCUCACCCCCAAAGAGGUCAUCAAUGAUGCUAGUCUGGCUCCCAUAUUGGAGCACCGUGCUGACUGGGUGUUGUGGCAAACAGGGAUGGAACUGCGGUACUUUGAUACCACCCUCUUCAGAAUGAAGGAAGUUUUGCCCACAAUGCAGAACUCGCCUGUCGACUAUCGCCAAAUGAGAUUUAAAUUGAGACAAGAGGGUACCUGGACUGAUGUCGAUUUCUCUAAUUCCUCAAUUUUGGAGCUUUACUUCCCUGUGGAGAAACUUAUUUUGAAGCGCGCUAUUUCUGAUGAUGUAGGAAAUUGGUGUUCUGAUAAUGAUUACCAGACAAUUGUUCUCGAUCCAAGCACGGAGUGCGUCACUAAAUUGUUGGCUUUGGCUGUGGACCAUAUUGAUAUUCUGCUGGAGGAUUGGUACCCAACUCUAGGCACUCGAUUUGUACACACUUCCGAGGGCCGCUUUUUGGUCACAAGGCUAGUGCCCUGCCCUAAAUGUGUGGCCAGCUUUAUUGAGUGUGAUGGCGCGUGUGGGUUCAGGCCAGACCCAUGGCUCGGUCUCGAAAGAAAUAACUAUCCGUUUGACGGAAAGAGGCCUUACGAGGAAAUGCACCAAGAGGAAAGAGUUCGAAAGUCGCAGGAGAGCUACACGUCCUGCGACAGUGGCGUCGAACCUGACAGCUCAGGCUCAAGUCGGACAACUUCAUUUGAGGGGCACCCUGCCUUUGCCGGAUUGGACAGAUUGUCCAAUAAAUCUGAGUCGGAUCCUGUUUACUACAGUUGGCUAGUUGAAGAAUGCAUUCUUGCAGCCUAUGAUAAAAAGUCAGUCGACUGCCCAACUCACGGAGACAUCGGCCUGCCCUCAAUUGCUCCAGACACAAUGUUCUUGGAUUUGGGCGAAAGACAUCUUAUUCGGCCAGACAACAUCAAGAGAGGAAAGUUGCUGGGCAGAGGUGCCUUUGGAUUCGUCUUCCGUGGAAACUGCAAGAUGAGAGGAUCUUCUCAGUAUGCGGACGUGGCCAUGAAAAUGCUGCAGCCUGUCCAGCCUGGUAGCAAUGCCAGACCAUCUGCCUUGAUAGCUUUUAAGGCCGCACAAGGCAAAUGGGAGCGGGACCCACUUCAGUACGCCUGCAAAGCUUAUUGCACCGCUCGGCAGGAGCUGAAUAUCCUCCUCAGUCUGCGCCACCCAUACAUUGUGCCCCUUGUUGGCAUCUGCACACAUCCCCUCGCCUUGGUGCUCGAUCUCGCCCCUCAGGGCGCUCUCGACAUGACCCUGCGCCACUAUCGGAGGUCUGGCGCCAAAUUAGGACCCUACGUCCUUCAAGCAGUCAUCUUACAGGUGGCCAAAGCCAUUGAAUAUUUGCACCAGCAACAUAUCAUCUAUAGAGAUUUAAAGUCGGAAAAUGUGUUGGUUUGGGAAAUGCCACCACCCUUCACCACUGAUCCUCUUGCCAGAGUUCAUGUUAAGCUUGCUGAUUAUGGCAUCAGUCGUUUGACCCUACCUUCUGGAACAAAAGGUUUUGGAGGCACCGAGGGUUUCAUGGCCCCAGAAAUUAUGCGCUACAAUGGUGAGGAGGAGUACACGGAAAAAGUGGAUUGCUUUUCCUUUGGCAUGUUCAUUUACGAGCUGCUGACACUGCACCAACCCUUCGAAGGUCAGGAGUCGGUCAAAGAAUGCAUCCUUGAAGGAGGAAGACCGUCUCUUUCCUAUAGGGAAACACUCUAUCCGUGUUACAUUCUGGACCUGAUGGUGCUCUGCUGGUCCCAACAACCGAGAGAUCGGCCCUCUGCGAGCCACAUUGUCUCCAUAGCGUCUGCGCCAGAGUUCACUCACCUCUCAGACGUCAUUGCGCUCAAUCAUUCUGCACAAGUGUCUGCCACGACAGCUGUACCGGUCUGUGAUGCUGGAGACGAGUCGUCAGCUGAGCUUUGGUUGGGCUGCAUCAACAAUCGUGCAGAUCUUUUACUAGCAACUAACGGCCGAGGUUGGGGCAACUACUGCAGCCUUUCCCUGCCUGGCAACCCAACAGCCGCCUGCCAAGUGGGCUCCAGCGUCUGGAUGGGUGACCACAGAGGCUUCAUCCAUGCCUAUUUGGCGUCCGACUGCACGUUGCUGUUCAGCUAUAACAUGGAGCCAGACGCGCCCACCCCUUGUCCGGUGGUGUCCAUGCUAUGGAUGCCGGAAUUGCAGCGAGUGGCCGUGGGCAUGGCCAAUGGCCGACUCUUCAUGGUGCGCAGCGACGUGCUCCCCUCGGCGCCUAGUAUGGGCGAGGGCAGCUUUGUCAUGACUGAAUUGGGGAAUAGCACUGUUCUCCACACAAUCACUGCCAUUUACAAAAAUAAUGGAAGAACGUGUGAAUUGUGGUGUGGCGAGUCCCGUGGCAGCAUCAGCAUUUUUACCAUCAAGGACAACGUGGUGUCCUCCCAAGAGGUUGUUAAUCACUACGAGCCAGUCAUAGAGACGCUCGAAGUGUUGCAUUUGAUUUCUUCCCACUGCCCCAACUACUCCGGACAGGAGGCGUCCGUCUGGUCUUACGUCUAUCCUGGCUGUGUUGUUUACCACUGGGAACCAUCGUCUCGCACAAUUCUCCAAAAACUGGACUGCUCAAAACUAGUGCCGUGCUCAGAGAGUUUGAAGUCGAUCAGUAUUGAGGAGCACCUCAGUCCAGGCCGUUGUCAGGUCACAUGUAUGGCUGUGCUGAAUGACGAACUGUACGUUGGAACGACCUGGGGUUGCAUCAUAGUGGUGGAGAAAAAUUCCAUGCGGCCAAUAACCAUUUUCAGGCCGUACGAAGAGGAUGUACGCGCCAUUGUGGCACUGACACCUUCAGAAGCCCCUGAAAACAGCUCUGAGAGUCCUCCAGCGCCCAUGAUGGCCACUUUAGGUCGAGGGUAUCGUGACCUAAUGUCCAGGUAUCUGGACUCGUCUGUAUUGACGCCCGAAGCAGCCAAUUCAACAGCAAUGGUGGCGCUUCUGUGGAGGGCCGAGAAUUGGUCUCCUACUUAAUCGGCGGAAAAAAAUUAAUCAGAAUUCGGAAUAGAAACCAAAGAGAAAAACAUUUCUGUAGACAUUUUUGAGGAGAAAGAUUCUCCUUUUUAUUCCAACUGAGUUUAACGUUUUAACGAGAGAUUGAUAAUUUAGGUGACAAACAUGCAAAACCAAGUCACAAAAUUAACAAACAUUCCUCACUUAAAAGUCCUCUUAUUUAUUUGUGAUAACUUUGAUUUUAUUUGUAAGUAUUUUAGCAAGUGAUUGUUACUCAUCGAUAUUAAUUAACUGAUAUUUGCUGCUCUCAGAAUAAAUAAACAAAAACAGUAUUUUAAAAAUUACAUCAAA